GUCCCCAUGUGAGGCAGUCGGCGAGCUCGACGAGUUCAUUCUCGCAGUUCUGUAGCUGCUGAGCAGCGUCCAGAGACGGUCAAAGGACCGCAUUGCAGCUGCGAUGGGGAGAUGCUCAUCAAGAGCUUUUUUUCACCAUCGAUCUUUUGCUGUAGGGAAAGUCCCCGGACAAGCGAUCUCUUUCCAAGAAGCAGUUUUCUCAUUUGGACACGAUCCUCCUCUCGAGCUUUGUCUUUUGUGCCUUUGCAAUCCCCAUAUCGGACAACUGCCCACGACGUUUACAAUGGGGCAUGGAAGCGGGGUCAUGAUGGCUCUCGCGUUUGCGACCUCCACGCUCUCGACUUGCACCACUAUCCACUCGUCUCAUCGGAGAGCGGCCAGUGCCGUAAUGCGCACGGCUCUUGACGCGGUUCAUGGUGCGAGCUGGGAGCGGGGAGGUCGCGGCGUGAAUAUGGGUCGAUCUUUAGCUGGUGUCACCUGUCGUGCCGAUCGGCAUGCGAGAGCACGUCAAGAAAGACACGGGAGGAUCCGUUCCGAAGCAGGUCGGCCUUCGUUAGUUCUCGUUGCUUCGGCAACGGGAACGGUUCUGGUGAUCGAUGCGCCGCUCUGCUGGGCCCGUGAGGGUGCAGUGGACGUGCCUCGUGAGACCCGGAUUAGAAUGGGCCCGUCCUGGUGGCUUUGGGUACCUCCGAAGUGUCUGCGGCUUUGUUUCUGGCCCACAUAGGAGCCUGUCCCGAAGAGAGCGCAUCCCUUCUCUUUGCCAAGCCCGCGAAGAUGCACACGGAGCGGUAAAAGAGCGUGUCCUACAGAAAGGGCUGGCAUAUUUCCCUUCGUCAUGAGCAUCCUGUGCGAGUGUGGCAAAAUGGCAAAGAGGAUGCGCGAGGCUUUGGAACGUGGUGUUGCCAGCA